UAACUCACAGUAGACAGUCAGUUGAGCCGUAGUGCUUCUGAGCGGAUAAGCUGGGAAAAGAUUUGUAAACUGAAACCUCCGUAACGAACUACUUUUCAGUUAAACCCGGAGAGUUAAAAAAAAACCCGAUAAGACGUACUCAAGCGUAAUCUUAGGCAGCAGCGAUGUCGGGCGCCUACGAUGACUCCAUGAAUGAUGUCUCCAGUGAAAGCUUCUGGGAGGUUGGAAACUACAAACGCUCGGUGAAGCGGGUAGAUGACGGCAAUCGGCUGUGUAGCGACCUCAUGAACUGCAUUCAUGAACGCGCUCGUAUUGAGAAGGCGUACGCGCUGCAGCUCACAGAAUGGGGAAAGCGCUGGCGGCAACUCAUAGAGAAGGGCCCUCAGUACGGUACGUUGGAGCGAGCGUGGGCCGCCCUCUGCACCGAGGCCGAGAAGGUCAGCGACCUCCACUUGGAGGUGAAGGCGGCGUUAAUGAGCGAAGACUACGAGAAGCUGAAGAACUGGCAGAAGGACUCGUAUCAUAAACAGAUGAUCGGCGGCUACAAAGAAACAAAAGAGACGGACGACGGCUUCCGCAAGGCUCAGAAACCCUGGGCCAAGAAACUGAAAGAGGUGGAGACAAUGAAGAAAUCUUACCACUCAGCCUGCAAAGAAGAGAAACUGGCAGCCAGCAGGGAAACCAACAGCAAGCUGGAGAGCAACAACAAUCCAGAUACUCAAAAGAAACUGCAGGAAAAAGUGGAGAAAUGUCAGCAGGAGGUUCAGAAGACCAAAGAGCGCUAUGAGAAAUCCCUGGAGGAGCUCGAAAAGUUGACCCCUCAGUACAUGGAAAACAUGGAGCAGGUGUUUGAGCAGUCGCAGCAAUUUGAAGAAAAACGUAUUUGCUUCUUUAAAGAGCUUCUGCUGGAGGUUAAGAAGCACUUGGACCUUUCUACAAACUCCAGAUUCCAGACGGUUUACCAGACGCUUGAAGACACGAUCUCUGCUACUGAUGCUGAGGACGACUUGAAAUGGUUCCGAUCCAAUCACGGCCCGGGCAUGCCCAUGAACUGGCCGCAGUUUGAGGACUGGUCCGUAGACCUGAACCGAACCCUCAGCAGACGAGAGAAGAAGAAACCAUCAGAGGGCGUCACCCUGACGGCCAUCAGUCAGACCGGGUCGGACCAGCCGGUCCAACCUGCCAAGAGCAGCAGCAGCCUGAAUGUGGCUACUAAAACAGAACCGGUGGGCACAAACCCGUUUGAAGAUGAUGAGGAACAGGAGGAGAUGGCUGAGGAGAAGCAGACAACCAUCAACCACGUCUCUGUGAAUAAAGAGGAAAUAAAAAUCACCAACAGCACUGAGAAGACCCCAGACUGGUCAGACGAGGACACAGCCGGAAACCCUUUCUCCACCAAUGGCGACGGCAAUCCGUUUGAGGAGGAACCCGAGUCCCCGGUCAUUUCUGUUCCCGUUAAAGCCCUCUACGAUUACGAGGGACAAGAGCAGGAUGAGCUGAGCUUCAAAGCAGGUGAUGAAUUUACAAAAAUCGGAGAAGAGGAUGAUCAAGGCUGGUGCAAAGGCCGACUCAAGGAUGGCCAAAUCGGUCUCUAUCCUGCUAAUUAUGUCGAAGACAUCCAGUGAAAAGCUUCGCCUGACGCAACAAAUGUGAAGAAAGAAGAGGCGUUCCGGCAGAAUGGGCUUGAUGUUUCUCUUCCUCCUUAGUAAAUGAUUAAAUAAGCGUGUUGUACGGUUUGCAUAAGGACCACUGUUGCUUCCCACAGAUUGGCUUUGGUGUGAACAAAAGAGCGAGAAAGGAAGCAGAGCACAUGUUACCAGAUAGAUUCAGGAAGAUCUGGGGGAACAGCUGCUGUCAGUCUAAGAUGUUACAUAAAAUCACAUUAAUGCUGUUACAGACAAGCUAUUCAGAUGUGUGUUAGGUGAGAUUCAAUGAAAUGUGUGUGUUAAUAAAUGUGUAAAUAUAUAUAUAUAUUGUUUAAAACAAAACACUGGGAUGACAACCUGCCUUGUGACGUCAAAUGCAGCCUUAAUAUUUAAGCCCUUUUUUAAUUCUUUGAGGGAGGAUUUUUAGUUAUUCUUGCUAAUGGAAUCCAGCCCGUUAAUAUGUAGAACAUUUCUUUGCAUAAUAUUGACCUCCAUGUAUUACCUUUUUAAAUUUGCUCUUUCGUUUUGUUAGUUUUGCUUAUUUUAAGGAAUUAUUUUGAGCUGUCGAGCCUCAUCCUUUCUUCAUCUUUGUUUUUCUCUUAAGGUUUCAGGUUAGUGCAGAUGAAUGUAUAUUCAGUGAUUGUAUUUUUCACAUAUCUUACAGAUGCUAGAUGUAUGCAACCACUGAUUUUUUUUUUUCUUCCUGCCGACACGUACAGAUUGCAUAAUUAUAUUGUUUAUUAUUCAUGCAACACUGAAUGUUUCUCUCACUUGAAUCUGCAUGUUUCAGUUCACUUACUAAAAGCUAAUUGUCCUGCGAUUGAAAAAAAAAAAAAUUUUUAGUGCUUGUUUUAGCAAUAAAAAUGCAUCCAAGCAAUGUGUUGCAGACAUGAAUUUAAAUAAAUGCUGGGAUUAAGCAUAUUGCACAUGGAUUAGGCAUAUUGAAGAAAUGACAUGUUUGGAAGUGGAAUAAUUUAUAAUCCCACAAGUGCUCGUGUUCUACUCUUGCUAGAAUGCUGUAAUUUAAAACACUUUUGUACAUCAAAUGAUUGAUUUGAGUAUUUCUUGAGGCUGUUACUUUGUUAUUCCUGUAAAUACGUUUGUUUUUCCUUCACAGAGCCAUUUACAUUCUUAUACAACAUGCAUAAUUUCUAAUUUCAUCCUAAAACCUUUGACAUAAAAGCUCAUAUGUUUAACAACCCUGAUGCACAUUUGGAUUUUUUUUUUACCCUCUUCAGAAAUGGACUCCAUCCUGUUCAUAGCUUAUAUAUCUAACGUUGAGGUAGAAGAUGUGUUUUUUUUUUUGUCUUUAAAACUGUUUUGUCAUAUUUUCAGGUUGGGUUGCUGUCGGUCGGCAGUAACAGCUGUACUUGCACAUUUGUAAAUGUUGUAUCACAACAUAAUAAAUAGAUUUAUUCAGCAAAA